UAAGUAAUCAACCGAAAUGAUUGCUUUAGAAACUGAACAAUCCAUCCCAAGUGAAGAGCGGAUGCCUAAACCGGAACCUACUUCAUCCCAUCCACAAAGAACUUUAACACGGUCGAGUGCUGUCAGCCAAAAAUCCGUCGAAAUAAUGGUUCACCCGGAAGGCUCGAAUAAUCCACUGCACAGAUCUAAAUUAGCUCCAACUAGGUCUUCCUCUGAGACGCAAUCUUCUGGCAAGAAGAUGCUGAAUUUGAGAAAAACUAAAAACUCAUCAAUAGAAUCGACAAUGAGUCUACCAAAUCAAAAGUCUUUGGAGAAGAAGCACGGUGGCCUGAGACAUCAGAAGGCUGUCGUUGUGCAGGCUCAUUCCGACAUAACUUUAAGCACUCAGCCUUCGAUGUCGGACGACAGGAAGGCGCUGAGGGAAGCAUUGUACCAGGGUAUCUUUCACAGGCACAGGAGGACGAUCUUCGCGGUAGGUUCGUUUCUUAGGAUGCUGAGGAGCAAAACGUCCAACUAUGAUUCUAUAAGGUCGGACUCCGAUGAGAUAUAGCACCCGUAGAUCGUCUAAGUGUAUUUUUAGUAAAAAAAAUGGUGCCACAGACUGAUUGUGCUUUGUAAGGAGAGAAAAUAUGUUAUUAGUUUUUAAGAAAAGUUUGUUUGUACUAAAAUGUUCCUAAUUAGUUGUGACUGAGUUUUCGUUGACCCCGCUUGGAGGAGCAGUAUACGUAUAAUGGUUGUUAUUGCGUGUUGGAGCGCUGUUGGCCGGCGGACCGACAUUGGUUUCAUGAUGUGAACAUUUGAGGUGAAUUUUAUUAAAUUCUCGUUACUGUCGACGCGGAGUCAUAUUGAUUUUGAAUAUCGGUAAACAUUUCAACGUCUCAUAUUUACGAACCUCGUCCAUUAUGUUGUCAAUGUAGAUUGUCACAUUAAUUUACCCUAAUCAAAUGAAUUGGACGUUAAAUAGUUUGCUGAAAUUACGUCUCAACUUUGUGUAAACAGUUUUAUUAAGAACGCAAUCUCUAAUAAGACAAGACAAAAACAUACUUUUAUUACCAAGUUAUCUAAUAAAAUAUACCUAUCAACUUCAAUAUCGAUAGCCGAAAUAAAAUCAAAAUAAAAGAAAGUGUAUGGUAAUGAAUAGUUGACAAGGUAUAGGAUCGCGUGACGCUCUGAUCAAGGGCGCUCACCGACGAUCACCUUGACUUUUUUCAGACGCAUAAAUUAUAUGAAAAUGAUUUUUUUCGUACACAAUAUGCCGUGAAAGUUCGCGUCGAUAGCUAACAAUGGAUUUUAUGACACUAUAAACUUCACAAGGGGCAAAAAUAAUGGUUUAAUACGAUAAAAAUGACGGGGUUUGUGACAUUAGCGUUGUUAAUUUAUGAAUGUUAAGCUGUGAACUUUUUAACAACAACAACUUCAGGAAGUUUAAUAUUACAAAGAAAAAUGAAGGAAUAUAUUUUUAAUCGAUGAGUUGUGUUUCAAAAAUAAGAAGAAGAAUGCACAAAAACAAAGCGUAGGUGACGAGAAAUUUAUCUGAAAAUGUAAUGGAUGAUUCAUUUCAUAUAAUGGUAAAUGUAAAGCUAUUCACCUUUUUAUUUAUAAAGGCGUCUUAUUGAUAUCUAAAAUCCACCAUUCCCAUGAUACGACGAUCAAAAACACAUUAAUUUUACGAUACAGAAUCGAUGCAAUAAAAGUAUUCAAGAUUUAUUCCAGUCUUUUAUUAUUCUAACAUGAAUAUCGUUUGUCGAAACCAAUGUUGCUUCACGGUCAAAAUGUUAUAAUAAGUAAUGUGUACCAAUUUUAAAGAAAUAUUUCAUUGAUGUUCUUAUACAGUUUUUCUUCUUUAGGUUACUGUGUAUCGAGUUCAUGUAGUAUCAUUUAUCACAAUGUACUAUGGCUGACAGUUUCCCUGAAACGCAUCCUCAUAUUAUUAUGGUUUCAGACCAAAAUUCUAUUAAAUCCUUUCACAUUGUCUUUAGCCACAUGUGAUCACUCCAAGAUCACAGUUAAUCGUAUCUUCACCAAACAUCGUGAUAAGUGAUACCAUACAGUUAUAUAACUAAAGUUAUUCUUUUCCUUGUAUAUUUUUUUGCUAUAUAUCAUCAGAUCAAUGGAUAGACCGAUGUAUAAUAAGUUUAAUGAUCCGCUAAUGGAAGUUUAAUUGUUCGAGGUCUAAGUUUGAUUGUCAGACGUCACUGCGUGACAUGGUCUGAACACCAAUUUGCUCCGAUGUAGUUGAUAAGCAAGCUGUUAAUUGUUCGAACCCAUUACAGACUAGGAAAAUACAUUUGCUGUUAUACCCAAAUAUUUUUUUAUUUUUGAAUACUUAUUCAAGUUCGAAUAUUUAUUUAACAAUUUGAAUAAACAUAUGUGAAUAUAUUUUGUUAAUGUUUCAUUUAUUUCCAUCUAAAAUAUUUCUUUAAAAUAAAGUAAUGCUUCAAUCGAAUAGAGAGCUUAGUAGAUGAAAAAUUCCAUACAUAAAUACAUUACUUAGAAUUGUAUGUUUAUUUUGCAAUGGUUGUUAGUGAUAUUAUAAUAUAUUAUGUAGAAAAUUAGUGGCGAAACAAUGGAUUGUUGAGACACAUUUUUGGAACAUUUUAUGCACUUUUUAUAUAUUUGUACAUCCGAAAUUUUGUACAACGUGUUGUUGUGAAGUAGGAGAAUUAUUAAAUAUAUAAGUUUAUCGAUGGGUUCAGGUCUUAUAUUCAAUUCAAUGCAUUUAUCUGAUUUAUAAAUCACUUCUCGAAAUAAAAGCAGGUGCAGAUGUAUUUAUUUAUAGAAUUAAACUCAUUUAUAUCUACUUAUUUAUAUCGAACCACCUUCAGAGAUGAAUGUUGUUUUUGACAAAACCGUUUAAGAUAUUUUUGGAUGCUAUUUGCGGACUUCUUGAAUAAAUACGUAAAUAUAUACUUCCUUUAACAAUGGAAAUUUAUUUUAUGAUAAUAAUAAUUUAUUUAUUAAACGUUAUAUAUCAAUGUUCUUAUUGAAAUACAUGUUUCUUUGAUUAAAUUAUAUAUGCAUUCAGCCAGUUACUUCGAGCAAUAUGUAGGUAUCAAUAAAGCCAAGUCCCGACUUAACUUAUUUAUCCCAAAGUAAUUGUGUAUCUAUUGUAACUUGAACGGCAAGAAACUCCACUGUUGCUGAAGUUAAAAACUUCUAUCAAGAUACUAACUUAGAAACAAGUUUCAUGAAAUAACUGCUUCCAAACUUUAGUUAUUUUCAUUCCAAUAUUUGCGGAUACAAAUCUGGUUCUAACCUGAUUGUAGAAUUUUUUGUAAGUGGUAUUAUAUUGCAAGGAAUGUUGAUAGGUUUUUAGUCAAAAUUAUUGAACUACAUUUCAGAAGUGCGCAUUUUCCCGUAAAGUAUGUUUAUGUAAUAUUUGUAAGCUUAAUUUUCCAUCACUAUAUUUUUAAACGCUUUUAGUUUUACUACUCAUAAAACUUUAUGCGUAAAAUAACUACAAUUAUUUCAAAGAAAUAAUUUCAUAAGAAUCAAAUGUUUCUUUAACAAGACGGAGAUUCUAUCAAAAGGAACUUUUAUAUACAAAGUAUUGGAAAACAUAUGAGAAUGUUACCUACGAAUAUCGCGGUAUUUCAUAAGUAGCUUAAAGCCUCUAGAGAAUGCUUACACUUGCUUCAUUCUGAGGGUCUUGCCUUACACAACCCCUUUUUUAUAUACCACCCAUUGUGCUCCAUUUUAUCCGAUAUUUACCGGUAAGAACCGGUAUUGUUGGGUACGAUAGAUCCGGAUUUGACUCAAGGCUUUUCCAAAGGAGGUAUUAUGAGAAAUUCUUCAAUAUUGUACAAGGUAUUUGUUAAGCUUAUUGAGAUGUAACUUUGUGUUUGUAUUUGUUAUUUUAUUUUGAGUUAGUGGAAUGUUUAUUUUUUUAUUGUAGAUUUAUUUAUUUUUAUGAAUAAUUUAUUCUGUAAUAGUUUGAACAAAGUUUAUGAGUGUUUUAACCAGUGUAUUUUAUAUGCUAUCUAAUAGAUUAUGCCACAAAUUAUUUUUGUAUUAUAUUAUUAGAAAUGAAAGUAUAUUUUGUGUUUCGUUAAAAACCUAGCCAUCGAUAAACGUAUAUAUAAAACCCAUGAAAAAAUGAGCUUUGUAUUAAAUAAAUAGCUUUUUAUACUAGACCGAUAGUUUAAUUUUAAUAUUGUAUCGUUUUAAGAUUAUUUUCGCGCUGAUGUAAAUAUGCAGUAUACAUACCAUAUAUAUCGGACUGUGAUAGGAGAAGAACGCUAUGAUAUAUAUUAUUAUAUUAUUAGUGAUAUAUAUAAUUAUAUAUUUCUAAUAAUAAAAUAAAAAAUAAUAAGUGUGGAUAGUAGAAACUGUUAUUUUGUAGACCUGUAUGUAAUACCAAUCACAAUUUAGUUAUUUUUAUUUUUAUUCCUUCGAUGUCUAUUUUAUAUAAUUAUUAAAUGUUUGUCCUAGUUUAAAUGUUAACGUCACAUAUAAUUAUGAAUGUAAUGUUAAAUAAUUAUUAUUUGCAAUAUCAAUGUUGUUAACAAUAGUUGUUAAUAAAUAAUAAUUAAUUUAAUAAUUAGGUUUUGCAUGCACGUGCUUUGUAAAAUUGGAUAAAUUAUUGGACACGUGUUUUAGUGAAUUACUUCAAAGAAAUGUGUACAUAUGAGCCCAGUGCUUAAGAUACACUUUAUAAAUUAGAUAUUAUAUAUAAUUUCAACAUUUAUUUUAUGUUAAUUUGUUACAAUUAGAUAAGUUAGGUAGGAUAACUAAUAAUGUUAUAAAAAUGGUUUUAGUUUGUAAAUUAAAAUAUAAAUAUAAUUUUUAAAUGUAAAUGAAUGAUUUCGAUAUUAUUAUUAUUAGUUUUAUAAAUUAAUAUUGUAGUAGUACAUUCCGUGACGCAAGUUUUUUGUAGGAGAAAAAGUAAAACGUAAAUAAUUCUGUCCGAUAAUGUAAAACAGUGAAAAAAGACUGCGUUAAAGUUAUUAAAAAAGAAGAAUCGUUAGCCAAUAAACGUAUUCCGUUGUGUUCUGUAACAUUUUUCAUUAUGUAAUUACAUACUGGUAUUAUAGUUAUUGAUCUUUCAAUCU